AUGAGACAUUUAACUAGCAAAAAAGAAGAACGGCAAAACAACCCUGAAAUCGAACUGAACGAAGCUCAAUUUAUAGCCCUCGAAAGAAGAAAAAAGAAAAUUCGGGAGCAAAGCAUUCGGGAGUUCGAACGGAAAGGCUUUUGUUCGGGGGAACAUAGGUUAAUUUACGGAAUAGAAGCCGAAGAGGACGAAAAGCCCGAAUUAUCGGAAACCCCAGAAGAAGCAUA